CCGCCUCUGGCGCGAAGGCUCAGCGCCUCCUCCCGCCCCAGUCACUGUGGCUCGGCGCGCGCUGCCGGCGGCUGCCCUUUCCGCCUCUGGAGAAGAAAACUCGCCGGCUUCUGACGCGCUUGCAGCAUGGCUUCGGGCCGGAGGGGCUGGGACACUUCCCACGAGGACGAUCUGCCCGUGUACCUGGCCAGACCGGGCACCACCGACCAGGUCCCGCGGCAGAAGUACGGCGGCAUGUUCUGCAAUGUGGAGGGAGCUUUCGAGAGCAAGACGCUGGAUUUCGAUGCCCUGAGCGUGGGGCAGCGUGGCGCAAAGACCCCGCGGAGCAGCCAGGGCGGCGUCCGCGCUUCGGGGAGCCGGCCCGCGGUGGAGGGGGAUACCCCGCACCGGGGCCAAGGCCGGGAGGACAGCGGGGAGCCUGCUCCCGCCUCGCCCGCUCCCGCCGCAGUGGAGAUCCGGAGCGCCACGGGCAAGGAGGUGUUGCAGAACCUCGGUCCCAAGGACAAGAGUGACCGUCUCCUUAUCAAGGGAGGAAGAAUCGUCAAUGAUGAUCAGUCCUUCUAUGCUGACAUUUACAUGGAAGAUGGCUUAAUAAAGCAAAUUGGAGACAAUCUGAUUGUCCCUGGAGGAGUGAAGACCAUUGAAGCCAAUGGGAAGAUGGUGAUCCCAGGAGGCAUUGAUGUCCACACUCACUUCCAGAUGCCAUACAAGGGGAUGACCACAGUAGAUGACUUCUUCCAAGGAACAAAGGCUGCCUUAGCAGGUGGCACCACCAUGAUCAUUGAUCACGUGGUGCCUGAGCCCGAGUCCAGCCUGAGCGAGGCCUAUGAGAAGUGGCGUGAAUGGGCUGACGGGAAGAGCUGCUGUGACUAUGCCCUGCACGUGGACAUCACCCAUUGGAAUGACAGUGUCAAGCAGGAAGUGCAGAGCCUCAUCAAGGACAAAGGGGUUAACUCCUUCAUGGUUUACAUGGCCUACAAGGAUUUGUACCAAGUGUCCAACACAGAGCUCUAUGAGAUCUUCACCUGCCUGGGAGAGCUAGGGGCCAUUGCUCAAGUUCAUGCUGAGAAUGGGGACAUCAUUGCCCAGGAGCAAAACCGGAUGUUGGAAAUGGGGAUAACUGGCCCAGAAGGCCAUGUGCUGAGCAGACCAGAAGAGCUGGAAGCUGAGGCUGUGUUCCGUGCCAUCACCAUUGCCAGCCAGACUAAUUGCCCUCUGUACGUCACAAAGGUCAUGAGCAAGAGCGCGGCUGACCUCAUCUCACAAGCCAGGAAAAAAGGAAACGUGGUCUUUGGGGAGCCCAUCACUGCCAGCCUUGGUAUAGAUGGAACCCAUUACUGGAGCAAGAACUGGGCCAAGGCAGCUGCAUUUGUGACAUCCCCACCUCUGAGCCCUGACCCAACCACUCCUGACUACAUCAACUCUUUGCUGGCCAGCGGUGAUCUGCAACUCUCUGGCAGUGCGCACUGCACCUUCAGCACUGCUCAGAAAGCCAUUGGGAAGGACAACUUCACAGCCAUCCCCGAGGGCACCAACGGCGUAGAGGAGAGGAUGUCCGUCAUCUGGGACAAGGCUGUGGCCACAGGAAAAAUGGAUGAAAACCAGUUUGUGGCUGUGACAAGCACAAAUGCUGCCAAGAUCUUUAACCUGUAUCCCCGCAAGGGCAGAAUAUCUGUGGGCUCUGACAGCGAUCUGGUCAUCUGGGAUCCAGAUGCUGUGAAGAUCGUCUCUGCCAAGAACCACCAGUCGGCUGCAGAAUACAAUAUCUUUGAAGGGAUGGAGUUGCGUGGGGCGCCCCUGGUCGUCAUCUGCCAGGGCAAGAUCAUGCUGGAAGAUGGCAACCUGCAUGUGACCCAGGGGGCUGGCCGCUUCAUCCCCUGCAGCCCCUUCUCCGACUACGUCUAUAAAAGAAUCAAAGCCAGGAGGAGGAUGGCCGACCUGCAUGCCGUCCCGAGGGGUAUGUACGAUGGGCCCGUAUUUGACCUGACUACCACCCCCAAAGGGGGCACCCCUGCGGGCUCCACCCGGGGAUCCCCCACCCGGCCCAAUCCGCCUGUGAGGAAUCUCCACCAGUCUGGAUUCAGCCUGUCUGGCACCCAAGUGGACGAGGGGGUCCGCUCAGCCAGCAAGCGCAUUGUGGCGCCCCCUGGAGGCCGCUCUAAUAUCACAUCCCUGAGUUAAGCAACCUUUCCCUAAAGGGGAGCAGAAGCAAGAAGAGAUUUUUUUGAAGCCAAAAUGGUACACCAAUAUUUAAGAAAGAAAGCAAAUCCAAACGGUUGCGGUAUAAAGAAUCAAUAAGCCUCAAGCCUUAUGUUUCUCCAUGUUAAGCUCGCUUGCCUAGCUUUACGAAUAUUGCUUUGUUUUCUGUUUAUGCAUAGCCUUGAUUUGUUGGACCCUCUCCCCCAUUUACAUGCAUGCAAUCAGACAGGCCGCUAAGGUGAAAGAGUCUGCUAUAUUAUAGUGUUGAGAGCGUGUGUAGUGCUGCAUCUUACGACAAGGGGACAGACAAAGCUGGGAGGUCAGGGAAAUGAAUAAAAGGGACGCAGGUUAUUUGGGGCAAGUGGGUGGUGGGAGUGGAGAGCAAGGUGGAAGGCACCGAGGGCGGGGGUAGGGUGUGUGGGAGGGAGGUGGGUGGGCCGGGUGAGCAGGAGGGGUGUUGUGCAUUGUGUUGAUGAUGUAUGUUUAUUUCCACGGAGGGGCCACUUCCGGCAGCUGUCACUCACUGCGGUCCCUUGGGGUCUGCAGAGAAGUAGGCUAGUCUUUGGGUUCUCGAUUUGUCAUGUCCCUUCCUAGUAGAUUUUGUUUCUUUGAACAUUUAUUAAAACAACAAAACUCAACCAUUUCUUCCACCUGCUUGAUUAUACCAGUGUUUGUUCGGGCCCAUUUCUUGGUGUUGCUUUCAAAUCCUCCUCAUUCUUGGCAGGCAGGCCAGAUAGGGAGGAGCAAAUGACUCAUCUUUCCCUCUCAUCCUGUCUGCCUCUGUGGUGCUCUUAAAAGGCAACGACUGAGGAUGAAGCACAGGCUCUGGUGUGGAGAGCAGCAGAAGCCAUGAUGCCCCUCCCUCUGACCAAGGCUGAGGAGGCCCUGGCAUCUUUGGUAGGGCUUCAGCUCAGAUGGGUAGAAUGAAGGGCCUCUGUUGCCAAUGGUGGGUGCAGAUUCUCCUGAUCUCCUCAGAUCCAGGCACAUCAAUGACUGCAUAGGAUUUUUAAUCAAUUUUUUUUAGUUCUCUAACUUUUCCUGCUAAUAGGCAGUCUCAGUUUAUAUGGCAGUCAACUCAGGAUUUGGGAAAGUCAGUCCUAAGCAGAGAAAUCACUCUAAGCUUUGUUCACUUUCUCAGUUCUAAGCCAUCUGUUUCCGCUUUCACUGGCAGAUCCUUGGGGGGGACCUCUGCUUUGGUACUAAAAUCCCAGAGUGAGUCCCAGUGACAGGACAUGACAUCCUGAGAGGUGGUGAAGGAGGUUAGUGGAGUGUUGGCAUCUCCCUUGUCUGUCAGAGCUGAGUGUCCAUUUCCUUAUCAGGUCGCUUCUGCACACUCAAGUUUUGGAGCAGAUUCUGUGAGUGAGACAAGGAGUGGAGGGUAGAACAGAGACACCUCACCAGGAAAAAUACCUUAAGCCGCUGGUCAGACUUCUGUGCCCUGGGGAAACCCAGCUGAUAGAAGCCAUAAACCUGUGUACUAAGUACUUUGAAGAGAAGAGCAGGCCUCACACACCUUUUAAGUGCUUAGGAGGAAGCACUGUCCCUGGCUGCAGUUGUUUUUGUUGUUUUGUUUAUGGUGCUGGGGAUUAAACCCAGGGCCUCACAUAUGCUAGGCAAACCCUCUGCCACCCCAGCCCUGACUGUAGGUUUUAAUAAACUAAAGAUUGGAGAAAAGUGAUCACUUAGCUGCAAAAAAUUUAGAAAUAGCUAAGAAAGAGCGUUUUUCAUAGCAAGCUACUUUCUGUUCUAAUCAUGAAAAAGGCUUUCACCUCCUAAAAGGGAAUCUUGCUAUCUUAAGGCUCUCAUGGUGCUUUUAUUUUAAGGAAAACCUCAGUAAAAAGGAAAAAAAUUAGCUUUAAUUUACAAUUCAAGUAUUUGAGAGCCUACCAAGGAAUUCAGAAUGACUUUUAUAUAUGAAGGGAGUAUGCCAGAUAUAUAUAUAUACCUCAGUAGCCAGGCUGGGCUUUAGAUAGAUUGCAAUACCAGCCAUGGCCACCAGAUGGAGGAAGAGACACGUAAAGAAACUAGUGCCGGCAUCCACUUUUGCAUCUUGGGGGAGCCUGACUCAUCCCUUCCUGGGCUCGAAGAUAAAUCUUCGAAGGGCCAAUUGGUUAUCUGCAGUGCACUUGGGGCUUCCAAAAUGCAGCAUUCAACCAGAACUUUCUGUCCUGCAUGAGCUUUCUAUGCUACCAGGAUAACCUCCAAGUGCCCUCAGGAUGGGCAACACUAUCUUGGGAAGCCUCCCUUCCUUCACUCUCCAUUAAAACAUUUGAGCAUAGAGAUCCUUGAGGAUUCCUAGAAAAUGCCCCACUAUUUUCUCAACAUGAGUACUGAGUAACAUGUUAAGUUAAAAUUUAUACUCCAGUUUGUUCUGUUCCAUAGACCUGUGGAACAGCCCUUUGCAAGGGCUUAGGAGUAGAAAACGAUGUGGCCCUCUCCUUCUGACCUGCCAGCCUCUCCCCCAGGCUCAGGAGGGCGCCCUGGGUCUUCUCUCUCCCUCCUCAGCGGGUGUUGGCUGGCUCCUCUCCUAGCCUGGCUCCUCUCUGAGGAUGGCCCUGCCACCCUGCAACUUUCUUACCUUCUCAUUCUGCGGAGUGCUUUGGUGAGGGGCCAUGCGGUGGGUGAGUAGUUGAGAAUUAAUCUGUGGAACUGCUAACCAGCGAUUUCUUAUUUUCAAAAACUAGUACGAUUAUAGUCAUCAAAUACAGCCUCAAAUAGCUUUUUCUUUCAAAGUCCACUCGGACUGUAGCGUUGUUCUCCAUGGCUGUACCCGGAAAGGCAUUCUCUUCUCCCAAGUCCUGAAGCUGAGCCUGGACCCUUGCUGUUCAUCCUGAGACGCCCCUUCCAACAGGGUGGACACUUCCCAACUUUGCUUCCUGCCGCAGCCUCCUAGGCCCUGACCCCUAGAUGACCCCAGCUUGAGUCCCAGUGCACUCACGAGCUGUCUGGGCACCAGUGUCCUCUCAAGUUUCCCCUUUGAGCAGUGGUGUGUGGGUGUCCGUUCUGUGUCUGGUGGAUAUGAACAGACAGUAAACCUCCCCAUGAUCUGUGCUAGCUGUGAGGCCGCUCGCAAACACAGAGCUGUUUGGUUUGAACCAUGAGGAAAACUGUGUAUUGAGUUAGCUGAGAUUAAAGAAAAAACGUUCCUCAAGUGACUGUUAAUGUAAACUCGGUUAUUAAAAUGACUAUAAAAUUAUCAGCCCUGUU